GCGGCUGUUUAUCAAACCAACACCUUGAACAGACGAAGGCCAUUUUUAAACCAGGAAGUUUGAACAGAGUUAGUUGAAAUUCUCUGCAGAUAACAGUACUAGCUUGAAUUUAAUUUCGAAAGAUACGUUUUAGGACUAUUUGUUUCUUAAUCUAAGCUCUGAACGGUUUUAAAGAUGCCAGCUAGGCCGAAAAUCUCUGGAUCGCGGGCAGAACAACAACCCAAAUACGUCGAAAUACCACCGUUAAGUCCACUGUCGGACCAAGACGUUCGUCCGCAGUUUGAGAAAAUGGUGUCCUGCGAUUUUUCCGUGGAAGAGUCAUUUACAACAAAUGAUACUUGUGAGCAGGAUAUUAUCAAGAUUUGUGGUUUUGCAAAGAAGCCAGUCAGAGAAAUAUAUCCUCCCUUUUCUCCAAGUUCUUGGUUCGACUCGAAAGAUGAAGAAGCCGUUGCAGCGUACAUGAAGAUUCGCUUGGAUAGUAAGUUUACAUGUUUUCAGGAUGAUCCAAGUUCCUUGAGUGAAGAAAAGCAAGCGGCGUUCAAAAAACUUGAUUUUGAGAGUGCUAUUUGGAAGGUUGGUGCAGUGGAAAGCGAAAAAUCUCGAUCACCAACCGAACACGACGACAGAGACGAACCGAAGUCCAUUGAAGAUGUUGACUYAAACGAAGAAGUGGCUCCCUUGCUUGAAGACACACCACAGACAUGCACUAAAAACCUGGAAGCUGAAGUGCUAUGUAAAGACAAAGAAUUGACAUUAGUUGCUGGGACAAUCAAAUCUAAAAAUCCUUUCCCAGUUAAAAGGAAAUCCACAUCAAAAAAGAGGUCCAAAAGCUCUUUAAAAAGACAGAGCAUAGGAAAAAAGAAGCGAAACAAGUGGGUUAUUCUAUGUGAUGAGGAACCGCUGAAACCUGUCCGACAAAAGAAACUAUCCCUGUCCAAAAAGACUUGCAGUUCUAAGGCACAUAAGAAACACUACAGUACCUCACAAUGUAAAGACUCCGGUGUUAGUAGUGGAAGCAGCUGUGACAGUGGAAGUGCUAGUGGUGGAGACAGUGGAUCUCAUGAUGGAAAAAAUGGUAGAGAAGGAAGAGGAGGUGGAGGUAGUGGUGGUGGAGGUAGAUUUCAAAGGAAUGGAGGGAUGGGUGGGGCAGGAAGAGAUGAUGACAGUGAUGAGAAGAGGCCAUUAAGUUCAGGGGAUACUGAAAUGAAGGACGAAGAUGAAACAGAAGAUGACUUAAAGGAAAGCUCUAAUAUGGACUGUGAAGAUGAUUCACUAGAGAAGCAUAGUGUAGAAUGGCAGAGUCUGCAUUUCAAGACGCAGGAUCUGCAACACAGUUGUUAUUGUUCCAAGAAUGAGGACUGUGAUAGACAUUUAUGUGUCCAGAUGAAAAAGGAGCUAAAACACUACAAAGAAAACUUUAGCGAACAGUGUGAACGUUGUCAAAAGAUCAUUAACUUGCUAAAAAUGCAUGCUUCAACAUGCCAACGGCCUGGAUGCAGAGUUCCAUGCUGUCUUGAACAGAGGGCCAAGAAAGCAGCACUGCCUCCACAGGUUCCCAAAGAUCAGUAUCAUAAUGUUCAGAAGCCAUCUCCCUUACCAYCAAGUAUGGAUGGCCAAGUCAUAUAUUCAAAUUCACCACACUUUGGCACACUGUUUCAAGAAUACAUUAAUUUCCACAAAGGACAGUUACUGGGAAAAGGUGCCAAUGGUAAUGUUUAUGAAGUCCAUUUCCCACCAGGACACAUACUCAAGGAAACAUCAAUGGUUGUAAAAGAAACAAACUAUGUUGUCAACAAAGAGGAAAUAGAUGUGUAUAAAAGUAUGGGAAACCACGAAAACAUUGUUCAGCAUCACUGUGUAACAUUCAAAGGAGAUAAAUACCAAAUGGCUGUCUUUAUGGAGAAAUGUGAUAAAUCUCUAAGAGACAUUUGUGAUGUACGUACCAUGGAUACCAAUGAAGCCAUGUUUUACUGGACCCAGGUUCUUGCAGCAGUGGGUCACUUGCAUGAUAAGGGCAUCAUUCAUAAAGAUAUCAAAGCCAAAAACAUCAUGUUGUCAGAAAUACCUGGAAAGGGAGAACAUUGCCGUGCAAAGCUAGCAGAUUAUGAUUCUGCUAAAAAGUUGGAAUCAGAGUUUACCCAAAGUGACCUAAAACCUAUGGGUACUCGUGGCUUUGCUGCACCAGAGGUCAUAAAUUCAAAACCUCAUGGUCGUCCAGCAGAUGUUUACAGUAUGGGAUGUCUGUUGCUGGAACUGCAUGGUAUAACCCCAAAGGAGAAUUCACUUGCACAACAGGUUGRACAGCUUUAUAACAAAGACCCAAACCAAGCACAGCUAGUGGCCCACUGUGUACAACAUGAUUACUACAAUAGGCCAACUGUAAAGCAGCUGAUGAACCUGUCCUAUGUCCAAGAAUUCCAAAGAAUUCCAGACCAGCUGUAAAUACUACAUGCUACUUUAGAUGGACAUGCAGUUCUCCUUAUUUUUUUGCUGGAUCCAAGUCAACGGAUAUUGAUAACAAUAAUAAUGGUUUUCAAGGGUUUUAGGGACAUUAUAUGUAGUCUCUAUGCACUUAUUAGAUGGAAGAAACUUGAAGCAAACACUUGGCUUACUUAAGUUAGGAGCAUCAAUAGAAAGUUUUCUCAAGUUUGCAUGGACAUUCAACUUGACGGGCCACAAAACUGAAAAACGCAACCGAAUUCUUA